AUGCUCAACGUUUCUGGUAUCUCUACGUCCUUGGACUUAGUGAUACACUAUAUAGAAACACAUCACAUUGACAUUUUACUACUCACGGAAACCUUCUUGCUCAAAGGCGAUCUAUUCACUCAAUGGGCUCAACAUCAUCAAUAUGCUACCAUCUCAGGUGAUGCGUCCAAAGGCAAUGGUGGUUUGACAUUUCUAAUUCGACCUCAUUUUCCUCACUAUGUUCACCGUAGCACUGAUCCAACAACCACACAACACAACAAGCUCAGUAUCGUGAUUGGUAACUCGCUUACUGUCCAUGGCUUCCAUUUACCACCAGCGCUAUCCUUUGCAGACUAUCAAACUGUCACUACGGCCCAACUGAUGUUCUCACAGAACAUGGAUGUGCUCUUUUGGGAACAUCGAUGUUCUCAUGAGCACGUUAAUGUUCUCAUUUGA